UUGUUCUUACUGAAACUUGGCGUAUUGAAAGUUUCGACCUACUUCAGAUGAAGGAUUAUGAUUUAUUGUAUAAUGAGGGCAUGGUCAAUAGGGCAGAUGGUGUUGUGGUUUUCAUCAAGAGUUGUAUGAGAUAUACUUACGAGGUUGUAGACAUUGGGAGAUGUAAAGCAAUAGAAAUAAAAAUUGUAGAAAGAGGGCAUACAUUAGUGAUAACUGCUAUAUACAGGUCGCAUGAAUUGAUUGAUGUUGACUUUGUAGAUGAUUUUUUUCUGUAUUUCAAUAGAAUAUCUUCAUUCACCACCUCUUUCCACGUAAUCGUUGGAGACAUUAAUAUAGAUAUAUUGAAUCAAAGUGUUAUUGCGUCUCGAUAUCUUGAUCUCUUGUAUGAAAAUGGCUUUGAGGCUAUGAUUACCACAAUCACAAGGCCGGAAAGUGCUACAUGCUUGGAUCAUAUCUUCUUGAAAGAUGACACUGUGGUCUUUUAUGAGGAUGAAACAUGGGAUAAAUUGAAAAGGAAAGUAGAAGUGGAUUUAAGGUGCUUGAUAGAUGCAUUCAGUGCCAGAUUUUUGACGGUUAACUUCAAAACUGAGCAUAUGUAAGGAUGGUGCAGUUAUUGAGAUCUUGAAGAGCCAUCAGGUAAAAUACCUUGGUAUCAUAAUAGACUCACAUAUGAGAUGGAAUUUACAUAUAGAGAGAAUGAUAUCAGCUCUAAGAGGAUUACUACAGAAAUUUAGGUUUCUGAAACGAGUUCUAGACUCUCCAAGGAUGAAAAUGAUAUACAAUGCUUUGGUUGAAGGUAGACUAACUUACGGAAACUUGUUGUGGGGGUCGGCUGCAAAAUGCUAUAUUGUGAGAUUGGAGAGAAUGCAGAAAAGGUUGCUGAAGUUAAUAAUGGGAAGGCCGAGAGAUUAUCCUUCGGACAGACUCUUUAGGGAGGCAGAUGUUCUGGAUAUAAAGCAACUAUUUUUUCUGAGAUGUGUAACGGCAAAAUAUAGAGAAAGGUUACAAUUGGAUUAUGUAGAACAUAACUAUGAGACCAGGUGUGUUGCACAGCAUAAAACCAGAACAGCCUUUUUCUCCAGCACUGUGGGCCGUCGAUCGUUUGAAUAUCUAGGAAAUAGAUUAUUCAAUUUUUUACCAUGUGAUGUAAAAAAUUCUAAUACAAGAAGACUGUUUCUUAUGCGGACAAGAACUUUCCUCAGGGAGCGAUCAAGAGACCUUGUUAGCUGCUUGAUAGGAUGAGUGACGGUGCUUUAUUUCUGGGGUGAUGUCAGUGGGAUUUUGAUUCUGGUUGGAUGAGCUGGCAUGGCGGUAUUAUUUGGAGAAGAUUGGUCCCACGCUCAGGCAAAGCCUUAGUGGGAAAA